AAAAUUGAAAAAUAAUCAUUUAUCAAAUAGAGGCCAAAUCAGGGGAUUACUUUAACACAUACUAGUGUUAUGACAUGCAAGGAUAUUAUGAUAAUACUGAACAUCAUCCUGUACAAGAUACAGCAGGAACUAUGGAUUUGAAGAAGGAGGGUGGUGAUGAUUUGGAUUUAAUUGAGCACACCAUUUCACUGGACGUAGACAAGAUGAACAGAGAAAAGAUUGACGCAGAUUGCCAUCUGUGGGAUGCUUUGGAAAGUUCAAAGUGGCUACCAAUGGAAACUUUGGAAGUAUCCUAAAAUAUUUAAUUAUACAGGUGUUUCACACUUCCUUAUCUAGAUUAACACGUAGUUUUUAAGGAAUACGUGUAUUCAGGAAAAGUCAUAGGUAUGACUGAACUGGUGAGCUUUAUGUCUAUAUGAUUCAAAUGACAGCUGACAUAAACCGCUUUACUUCUGUAAUCCUGCAAUUUCCUAUCAUUAGAAUUAGUAUUUUUACUUCAAAUAUGUCCAUAUUGUUACGGAAAAUAUGUAUUUGUCUGUACAUAACUGCAAUUAUACAAAUUCCAUGAAAA